AUGGCCUACUGCAGCCACAGAUACAAGUCGCGGACGCAAGAAUGAUACCGGCGCUCCCCUACAUCAAGACAACUUGAGCGUAAGGACGGAUUUGUUUCAUUAAUUUCUUUAAAAGCAAAACAAAAACAAAAUGAUGGCGCUUAUCACUGCGUCUUUACGGACACGGUUAGUCGUGGGUGUUUUUUCGUUCAUUGCAAUGUGGGGAUUUGCGCUCUCCAUCACUCGGUACUCUAUUCCGGAGGAAAUGGAAGAGGGUUCCUUUGUUGCUAAUCUGGCCACAGAUCUGGGUCUGGAUGUUCGUAGUUUGGAGGAGCGCAAAGCAAAACUCGAUGUCAUUCACAGUAAAAAUUAUCUUGACAUCAACAAAGACACGGGGGAGCUGGUAAUCCGCGAAAAGAUAGACCGGGAAAGCAUAUGCAUGACUAAAACAACCUCGUGCUUUCUGAAAAUGGAUGUCAUACUUGCAAAUCCAGUUCGCAUUUUUAACAUCGAGCUGGAGAUUAUGGACAUUAAUGACAACGCGCCGGUGUUUCGCAGGAAGACAAUGCACUUAGACAUUUCCGAGGCAACCCCUCCCGGUGAGAGAUUCUCAUUGACAAACGCCGUGGAUGCGGAUGUGGGGGCGAAUUCAAUCAAGACCUACUAUCUCAGUGAAAGCAAAUACUUCAACAUCGACAUCCAGACCGGCAGCGAUGGCUCCAAAUAUGUCGAUUUAGUGCUCAGUGGUAAUUUGGACAGAGAGGAGCAUGCAGUUCAUGAUUUAAUUUUAACCGCUGUGGAUGGAGGUGUGCCUCCGCGCUCCGGCACAGCCAGCAUCAUUAUUAACGUCCUGGAUAUCAACGACAACGCCCCCCUGUUCAGUCUGCCGGUAUAUGCAGUCAACGUUUCAGAGAACUCGGCAGCAGGAACAGUAGUCAUGACCUUAAACGCAACAGACUUGGACGAAGGCACAAACGCUCAGUUGAUAUAUUCAUAUACACUGUACACAUCCGAGAAGACACAGGAGGUAUUCUCACUUGAUCCGAAUUCAGGUGAGAUCAAGGUGAAGGGGGUGAUCGAUUACGAAGAGAGCCAGAGUUUUGAGAUGCACAUACAGGCUCAGGACAGAGGGACAAAUCCUCUGUCUGGACACUGUAAAGUCACAGUGUUUGUGACAGAUCUGAAUGAUAACUACCCUGAAGUGACCAUCAAGUCUCUGAAAAGUGCGCUGACCGAGGAUGUCUCUGUAGGGACGCUGAUUGCAGUGGUCAGUGUCAGUGACAGGGACUCUGGAGCCAACGGGGAAGUGGAGCUCACUUUGAAUAGGCAAGAAACGUUACCGUUCGUCUUAAGCAAAUCCUCAGAGGGUUACUUUGAAAUGCUGGUGUCAAAACCACUGGACAGGGAGGUAAUAAGCAAAUAUGACAUCAUACUGAGAGUGACAGAUAAAGGUGUGCCACCCUUAUCUGAAAAUGAAACAAUCACUUUAGAUAUUCUGGAUGUCAAUGACAAUGCACCCACAUUCUCCCAGUCCUUCUACACAAUCCAUGUUACGGAGAAUAAUCCACCAGGGGCAUUAUUGACAUCUCUAAGUGCAUUUGACCCAGAUCUGAAUGAGAACCAGUACUUGGUUUAUUUCAUAAUGGAGAAAGAAAUUGUUAACAUGUCCAUGUCAAUGUUGUUUUCUAUCAAUCCUGAGAACGGUGAUCUUUAUGCCCUGAAGACCUUUGAUUAUGAGAGAGAAAGAGACUUCCUUUUCCACAUUGAGACAAGAGACUCUGGUGUUCCCCCGCUGAGCAGCAAUUGUACCGUGCAUAUCAUUAUUAUGGACCAAAAUGACAACACCCCUCUCAUAGUGUCACCUUGGCGCGCACAGGGCUCUGUUGUAGAGGAGGUGAUACCAAGGUCAACUGAUAAGGGACACUUGGUGGCCAAAGUGAUUGCCAUCGAUGCAGACUCGGAGCAGAACUCCAGGGUCACGUAUCAGCUGCUUCAGAUCAGUGACUCAACCCUCUUCAGCCUGGAUCAGUACAACGGUGAGAUCCGGACAACAAGGAUGUUCAGUUACAGAGACCCAAGACAACAGAGGCUGGUAAUUGUUGCCAAAGACAAUGGUCAACCUGCUCUUUCGGCUACGGUCACCAUCAAGAUAUCAACAGUGGAACACGCCAUGUCCUUUUCAGAGACUACAGAGCUACCACUAGACUAUGACGUCUUCACAGACCUAAACCUUUACUUAGUGAUAGGUUUAGGAGCGGUGUCCUUUCUGCUACUGAUAACCAUCUUGGUCAUUAUUGUGCUGAAGUGUCAGAAACCAAAGCCAAAAGCCAUCAAGAUCCCUCCAGCCAAUAGAAAUAGUGUGAUCAGCAGGAACAGUGUGAUCAGCCAGAGAAGCUCCACUAUUGCAGAUUCCACUCUGAUCUCCAGCGAUGCCUACUGGUACAGCUUGUUCCUCGCAGAGACCAGGAAGGGCAAAGUGGUCGUGAGACAGCCCAUAAUUCCCAAAGGAGCUGGGUAUUUUGUUUCCAGUAUACCCAGGAGCAUAGGGCCAAGUGAGACCACAGAUUCCAGAGCAUCAACACUGGAGUACUCAAAAUGAAAGGAAGUUCUUUCUACAACUGGAGCAGGGGCCCAGAAGAGAACUGCCAUGAUAUAAUCAUCUCUUCAUGGGAGUCUCUGGCUGAAAAUCUUCCCUGUGACUCACAAAGAUGUUUAAAAAAAACCCUCCCCUAGUCCCGCUGCUCCAGCUGUUCUUUCUCUCUAGUUCCUCCAUCGACCACUAACCACCUCAGCCUUCUACCUUCGUUAAUCUUUUAAGCAUGAACCUGCAUGAUUCUCCAAAUAAGUAUUCGGACAGCAAUUUGAAAUAAUUUCUGGCAGGAUAUGUGGACGUUACUGAAGGGACAUCAUGUCAUAAACCAUUCUCUCUGUAGUGCUCUGAAACUUUUAAAUGGACAAUAUUGCCUUUUCUCCGGGGUUCAGGCUGAGUAUUGUAAUUGUAGAAACCUUCAUCAUUUUACAAUAUUCUUAAGUCAAAGUCAUACAGCAUUUUAUUUAAGCAAGAGUUCAAAGUUUGCCUAAUCCUAAAUAUACACGUGAAUCAGGGUGAAUAUGCUUCUUCCAUAAAUCUGAUAAAACAUAACUGUAACUGGUUAUGUCACCGAUUCAGGCUUUGCACUUGGUUUUUGUCUUCUUUGUCGGUUUUUAAUGAAACGUUUCUACUGUAUUGUGGGUCUUCAGCUGUUUUCACACAUGUACUCCAGAAAAUGUUGGACGAACUAAGUAAGGACAUUGUCUCCAAUUGCCCUUUCCACAUGUAGCACACAAAAGUGAAUAGUUGCUGUGAGAUGCGUGCUCUCUAUUGGAAACACUCUGUGUGGUUUUGGCGAGGGUGCUGCCUUGGUAGACUGUGCAGAAAGCACACUUGCUGUGAAUUCACUGGGCCUGCUCUAUUCUCAAAUGGGUGCAAUCAGAUAUUACAUGGUCUUUUUUUUUUUUACUAGAGAGCUGGCAGGUUAAAGACAUUUGCUUUCUCACAUAGAGCUCUGCUGGAUAUCGUUGAGAAAAGCUCAGGGCUGUGGUGCAAGUGUGAAAACAGCUAUAGUAACUUUCUAAGAAAAAGAGCAAAAAAGAAAAAAAGUCAGUUAUUCAAUUUUAGAUUUUUCUAACCAACAUUCUUUGUGCUCAAGAAGUUCUGAAUGUGUCAAAGUGGCAAAAAAGAAUGAAAGACAAGAAAACAUCAGAAAAAAUAACAUAUUCUAGGUGAUGCAUUGUUUUUCUUUUUUUAUUUGAUUGUAGAUACAGUAGUUCUGUAGGAACAAUAAUGAGAUCAUAAGAGUUAAUUAACACAGAUCUACAUUUUAUACCUGACCGGUCUGGGAGAUAUGAAUUACACUGAAAUAUUGAACUUCCUCAACCAAAGGGGGCAAUCACAAUCAGGAGCAUUUAAAACGCUCAGACACAAUAAAUCGUAUUUAAAAAAAAACAAUCAAAUUUCAAGUUACCUGUGAGAAGGUUUGCUUAUCACAAGCUGUACUCUCCCCAGUGUCAUUCCCCUGAAAGCUGACAAUGCAGAUAUUAACUGUGUUCACUCAUUGCACAAAGUGCAAAUGGAUUAAUUGAAAAAAAAAUGCAUUUAAAGUAAAAAUAGGAAAAAAAAAAAGGAGUAAUAUAGAGCAAGUAUAUCCAAAUGUAUUUAUCAUUGCCAGGGUACAAAGGGAUAUCAGGUACAGGCAAGGACUUUAUGAAUAUUACUGUUUUUAUAUAUUUUUUGGUAGUUACUUUAAAUGCUGCUUUUGUGAGCUUCUUUAAGGGCAUUUUUUGUUGCAUAUUUGUAGUUUAGUGUGUACGAUAUUGUUUUGAUAGUGUACAUAUUAAUAUAUAAAUAAUAAAACUAGAAUACUUCUCUUGACCUCGAAAGUAGCGCUGUUGCACUACUAAUAAGCCCAGGACUUUCAUUACUCAGAAACAAGGAGCUUAUUAACGCCACUUAUUAGGGUGCUAAUUGAUCAGAUGUAACUGCACUGGAUUACGAGACGAAGAGCGUAGUGUUAAUUAUAGUUAUAAUGGUAAAGUGCAUACUCUGCAAGUCCAAAAAUCUGCUGAGCCCGUACACGGUGCAUGAAAAGCAUUAAGCAGAUGACAGCACUUUGAAUCUGACUCUAAAUGUGAUCCCUCGGUAAUGCAGUGAAGGUAGAAGAUUUCAGGAAGUAUCAGUCUUCAUAUUUAGAGUCGGUGAAAUUGAACCUCUCUUCCUCUCUCCUACUGUUGCACCAGGCUGCCCAGACAUAAACACAUCUGUCUGGCUGUCUGUCAGGCUGAAGAUGUCACUUAAGGAGGGAUCUCUCGCUGUGAAGAACAUUUUAUAUGUUUGAUUCAUGUCUGAACCAAUUCGAACAGUGUUUAAAAAAAUUUUUUUUUUUUUUUUAAAGAAAUUGCACAUAUGAUGAGCUCUUUGUGUGCCUUCUGCAUUGUAAAAGAUAAACGUGACUGUUGAUGAAUGAAAUAACGGCAUUCCACUAGUAUUACAAAUUACAGUGACUCCCAUGACACAGUACCUUAAUUUCUUGUUGGAUGGGGCGCAGCCUUUUUGGUUUCAGAGCAGGUUUUCAGUUAAAAACCAACAGAAAAAAACAAUCAACAACAUGCAUUUACUGUAAAAUGAAAUGCUUUAUACUUUGUGUUUUUUCUACAGUAGACCUUUUUGAUAUUUUCUGUAUUCACUGUGACUGAAUGGUGCAGGAGGUGCUUGUGCUCUGUAUUGUAAAAGUGAGUAAUUCUCAUGUGUACACAGCUCAGUUUGACUUUUUUUUCUCGCUGAUUUGCCAGUCAGAUUGUACAGUAUGCUUCGAGAGUUGCAUCAAACGUUAUCCAGUUCCAUUCCACUUAGUGGAUCAAAGACAGUAUGGGUGAGAAUGGUCUUGCUUUGUUUUCAAGUCUAGUCAAUUGUCAGAUUUUGAUGUUGCUUAUUUGGCUUAAAUGUUCUGCCUGAUCAUGCUAGUUUGAAUAAAGCUUUUUAAUCUGU